CACUAUCCUCUUGUCUGUUUUCAUUGCUUUAUAUUCUUUUAAGAAUGAAAGUAUUAUUUUAUCAUGUCACAUUACUACAUUAAAAUUAUAUUACACAAUAAACAAUAGUUACUUCUGCCUGUAAAAUAAAAUCUUAGAUGUGAACUAAAUCGUUGUUCCUCUUUUGAAAGUUAUCAGUUACAUUGUGAAAAAUAAAUAGAAUUUUCAUUUCUUUCGUAUAGGAGAUGAACGCUAAAAAUGAAUAUUAUGAAUCAAGUGUUGUUUUGUAUAAGUAACCUCUUUCACGAUGUGUUUGAAGUAAACAAUCAGAUAUUUCAUUAAAUGUUUUUAACUAAUGAAUUUCUACAAUGGAGGAUAAAAUAGCAUUUGUACACUUGUCCAUCGAACUGAAAGUUUUGAAUAUCACUUAUACUUUGAAUUCAACAAUCGAAGAUCUUUGUAUUAAGGUCUGCAAACAACUUGGGAUUGGACCAAUAGCAAGAAAUUUAUUUUCAUUACGAAAUUUUAAAAAGAAAUAUUGGUAUCCACCGGGUCAUUUGCUCGAUGGCAAGGAAGAUAAAUUUGAAUUUCGUAUAAGAUUUAAACCUUCUUCUUUAAAUAGAUUAAGGAGAAUUGAUUCCAAAGCGUAUGAAUAUUUUUUUCAGCAAGUAAGACUUGACGUAAUGGAAAAUAGUGUAUCAGAAAUUGUAUAUGAAAAACACAAAUCGGAACUUAUUGGGCUUGGUGUCUGUGAUAUGUAUAGAGUAAUGUUAGAAAAGAAAACAUCUCGUGAAAAUGUUCAAUCAGAUUAUAAAAAGUAUAUUCCAAAGGAGUGCAUCAAAAGGCAUUCUUUUUUUAUUAAAAAACCUAUUCAGAAUUCUCUUGCAAGAUUAUCGGGAUACGAUGCACCUUAUGUGAAAGAACAAUAUUUAAUACAAUUCGAGUCUAUGGCUCCGAAUUAUCCUUGUGAAGAUCACAAAGCUCUUUUGCAAAAAGGAACUGACAAUACAUUGACUCGAGUAACACUCAGAGUUACAUCUGAAAAGAUAAAUUAUUGUGAAGUUGACGAUAAGUGGAUUACACUUUGCACUAUUGAAGACCUUUGCACCGUUUCGAUGAGUCCUGAUUGUACAGUAGAAAUAGCUAGGAGAAUCGGAAUACCUUUAUAUUUGAAAUUUAGUUCGAAUGCUUUACUUUUGUCAUUUGUAUCUGCUCUUGAUGGUUACUACAGAUUAAUUAUUACUUGGACUUUUAAUUUGUGUCGUGAAGUUAUAACACCUAGUUUGGCCUCUCUGUCAAAAAUGAAGUGCCACGGUCCUGUAGGAGGAGAGUUCUCGUACGCAAAACUAAAAGAGAAGCGAGGCAAUCGAUUCGGGACAUAUAUUUUACGAGAAAGCGAAACGAUGUAUAAUGUUAUAUAUCUCGAUGCUUGUGGAAAAGAUGGAAAACCAAGAACUCAUAGAAUAAAUCAAAUAGGUCCUAAUGAUUUUAUAUUAUCAGGAACUAUACAAAAAUUUACUUCUCUUGCUCAUUUGCGAAAAACAUAUCGAGACCCUGAUGGGCAACUUUACCUUGGUGAAUGCAUACCAGCUUCAGAAAAUGAUAAAUCUCAACUCCUACUUUGUGCUAAAGAGAGAUUAGAACUGGAUGUAAUUGCGGAUCAGGAAUUCAUAUCAGAAUUAUUAAAUAGAAGACCUGCUGUAAUUUUACAUUCAGAAUUGCAGGUCUACAAGGCACAACCACUUCCUGAGAAUAAAGAAAUUUCUGAUAAUGAUGCAGUGUCGGGAUUUUUCUCUCCAACUGCUGUUUAUAAAGCUUUGUGGCGAAUUGAAAAAGGUAAAAAAGUGGAAGUGGCCAUUAAGCUUUUAAGACAAGAAGAACUUUUCAAAGAAUUUAUUCGACUAACUACACAGUGGAGCCAAUUGAAGUGCAAAGAAUUUGUUAGAGCUUUUGGUUUAACUUUUGAACCUGCACAAGGAAUGAUUCUAGAAUUAGUAAAUUUUGGUCCUUUGGACGUCUAUUUGCAACGAGAGAGUCAAACUGUUAAAACUGUUGAUUUGAUUGAAGCUGCUACUAGUCUUGCAAAUGCGGUUUUCCAUUUAGAAGAAAAAGACAUAAUUCAUGGUAACUUGAGAUGUCGAAAACUUCUGGUUUAUCAACAUACUGACAAAAAUUUUAUAGUUAAACUCAGUGAUCCGGGAAUAUUUAGAUAUGGACCAUCAGAUAUUCAUUGGUUACCUCUGGAGUGCUACAAUCAUCCAGAAUCAGCAAAACGUAGUAUAGAAGCGGAUAUUUGGGCUGUAGGUACUGUAAUUUGGGAAAUUUUUUCUCGAGGUGGAACUCUGCCAAUGAAGCCAAACAUCGACUCCAUUAAAAAGUAUUACGCAAGUGGAAAACGUUUACCAAUACCUAAAAACUGUUCGGUGGAUAUUUAUCAAUUGAUGCUUGAAUGUUGGGAAGAAGACAAAGAUACACGAAAGAAGGCACAGGCUAUUGUUCGAGAUCUUCGGCAUAUUAAUUUGGCUAUUUAUAGUUCAAGAAGAAAUCACGUUUAUGCCACAGCACUUCCAAAAUUAUUGAAACAGACUGGCCAAGAAGGUGAUGAAGGACUUGAAGUAGACUCCUCAGAUUGUGAAUCAAGAGCCAGUAGUUUAUUUACAGAUCAUACAAGUUUACACUGGGAUGAUACAGAUGAAACCGAAUCAGGACAUUUUAUAGAUCCAACAGCAAACGCAGAGGAUUUUACAGCAUUUCUUGACUUAUUGGCCGAAUCGGGAAUCGGUGAUACUUCAAGUGUUAAUGAUUUUACUGAAGAAAAUGGGUUUCUCGGUCAAAUGCAAGGAAUUUUUGAGUUGACGUCAGAUUGUAAUGUUAUCCUUCAAGGAAAAAUUGGUCAAGGAUUUUAUGGUGAAGUCUAUCGAGGUACUUUGGAAAAAGAAAAUUCUAAAGACGCCGAACCACAAAGGGUUGCUGUAAAGAAACUUAAAAUGCGAUCAGUAGAAGCAGACUUGCGCGAUUUCGAGAGGGAAAUAUCAAUAAUGAAGACAUUGAAACAUCCAAAUGUUGUUGAAAUUCUUGGCGUUAUUUCUGAACCGGAUGUUUGUCUGGUGAUGGAAUUCUUGAAACAUGGAUCGUUGCAAAGUUAUUUAGCAAUUAAUCAUGAAGUUUUAAAGGAGAAAAAACUGUUACACUUUGCGCUUGAUAUUUCAACAGGGAUGGAAUAUCUUGGUCAGAAAAGUAUUGUACAUCGAGAUUUGGCAGCGAGGAAUAUACUUGUAGCUGAUGAAAAUCGAGUGAAAAUUAGUGAUUUUGGAUUGGCUCAAGUGAUGGGAAAGAAUGAUUAUUAUAUUCUACAAACUGAUAGGGAUUUACCGAUAAAAUGGUAUGCGCCUGAAAGUUUAAGAGAUGGAAAAUUUUCGCCAAGAUCAGACGUCUGGUCGUUUGGAGUAACAUUAUUCGAGAUGUUUAGUUUUGGUGAAGAUCCAAAGCUGCCUGAUGAAUCAAUUGGUCAAAAUAAACAUGAAGGAGGAAAAAGUAGUGAAGAAGAAGGUAGUGCUGAACUGUUGGCUGCCCUGGAGAAAGGAAUGAGACUGCCGUGCCCUCCAAAAUGUCCGGCUGAAAUUUAUGCGAGACUAAUGAAUCCUUGUUGGGCUUGGGACAGUCACAAUAGACCUGACUUUCUCACGCUAUGCAAUGAAAUAAAAGACUUAAUUAUUUAUUUUUAAUUUGUUAACUAUUGUGCCAUAGUUAUUUUUUUGUUAUUUGUACAGUUGAACAUUUUUUAUCCCUCAUAAAGCUAAGUCCACCGACCCUAAAGGAUUGUAGUUAAAGAACUCCACACAAAAUGUAUUAAAAAUAAAUUUUGGUUAUUAUAAAAUAAAAUUAAUCAUCAAUGUGGAUUAUUAGGUAAUUAAGAUUCAAUUUUUCUGUGGGGGUCAAUGUAUAGGAUAUCAACUUUUAAAUUUUCGCAACUCGCAUCUAUUCAAUAACUUAUCAACUACAAACAUAAACAAUUGUUUUGCAGAAACAAUAUUGCAAACGUACAAAAAGUUAAAAAUUCCUUCUUUUAAUCAAGUGCCUGAGGUCAGUAUAGGAGUAGUAGAGGAUUGAAAAUAAAGAAAAUGAAAGAUAAAUUUGUCUCUUUACUUUAAUUAUACAUUUUUAAUUAUUGUACAAAAAAUGUAAGUAAAAAGUACGAAAAUGUUUUUGUAAUAUGUAUCGUAAAUAGUGUGAUGUCUAUAAAUGCUUUUUUAUAUGUAAAAAAACAUGUAUAAAUUAAAAUAUAUAUUUCAUACUUUA